GGAGCCGUCCUGGGUGGACCGCCCGCCCCUGGGGGAACGCUUUGGCCGCGUACCGAGGCGGUAGGAGCUGCGGACCGUCCGGCAUGUUCACGGCGGCGGCCGAGAGCUUCCUCAAGCAGGCGAGGGAGAUCCAGGAGGAAGAGCUGCGGAGAUUCGCCUCCCGCGUCGCCGCCCUGCUGCAGGGCCCGGAGCCGGGCGCGGAGGCCGCAGACUGCCUGCAGAGGCUGCACCUCACCGUCGCCGCCACCAAGUACCCCCGCAAGCUAGAUGGCAAGUUUGUGGAACUGUUGCAGACAGUGCUGUGUUCAUCCAAGAGCCCUGCGCAGAUCCAGGUGUUAUGUGCUGCCAUCCUGAGAGAGAUGUCGCCUUGCAAUGAGCUGAUCCUGUCCUGUGAUAAGAUUCAAGAUGCAAAGCUCCUGAGCCUGGUAUCCUCUGUCCUUUUGGCGCAGGGAAACAAGAAGGCUGUGUCUGCUGUGGGGCAGCAUGUUGUAAAAGUCCUCGAAGGAAGACUGCCUGAGGGUCAGAGUGCACGGUACCUUCUUCCUGUCCUGUCAAAUGUGGUCAGUCUUUCACCACAAUCCCUAACUGAAGAGCAGACCAACGUAGUCAGUAAAAAGAUGGCAGACUGGCUGAGGCAUGCAAGUAUUCAGCAAGGAGUCACUCAGUCCUCUGGAGGCUUCUUCAGUCCCAGAAGCAGGCAGCCUGGUCCUGUCACAGAGGUGGAUGGUGCCGUUGCCACAGACUUCUUCACAGUGCUCUCAGUGGGUCAGUGCUACACACAGGACCAGUGGCUCAACAUGCAAGCCUUCUCCAUGCUGCGGAAGUGGCUGCUGUGCUAUGGGGACAAGGAGUUGAAAACCCCUAGUUCAGAUGACAAAUCAGGAAUGGACAGCUCUGUUAUGUCUGUGGUCUCUGCUACAUCCACACCUGGUCUCCUGCUUCCCCCAAAGGAGCAUCUGCGGGAGAAAGCCUUUGAGUACUGCCAGCGGCUGAUUGAGCAGAGCAACCGGCGUCCCCUGAAGAAAAAUGAUGGAGACCUACAGAAAGCUUGUCUCAUUGAGGCAGUGACAAUCAUGGACAUCAUCUGCAAACAGGACUCCUCCUACGUGCACCACGCAGUCUCCUUCCUGAAAACCUUGCAUGGCAGAAUCUGUGGGGAUGCCUCUUACGCAAGAGCACUACUGCCCAUUGCCCAGUUCUUCCUGAACCACAGUGAAACAGCAGCUGUGGACUCUGAUGCAAUCUACAAACACCUAUUCACUGACAUCCCAGCUCAGCAUUUCCACAACCCAUCACUGGCCUUUGAAUUUGUCCAGUUCUGCAAAGACAACAGCCAGCUCUUCACUGAGACCUCCAGCAUAUUCAAGCAGAGCUUCCCAAAUCUCUUUAAGUUCCUGGCGUGGAACAGCCCACCCCUCAUCUCAGAGUUUGUGGACCUUCUCCCAGUUCUGCUGGAUUCAGGCACAGCCGUUGAGGUCUUCCAUUUGCUACUUGACCUGCCCUGUUUGACAGCAGCUCUGGACAUCCAGCUGAGGUCAACUGCUCUUCCUACCUCCAAGAGGGCUGCCAGCAACCCAGCUGUGAAGCCAGCCACCUGUAUGGAAGCCUUUCGCCAUCCCCUCUACAAAAGCAUGUUCCAGUAUCUUCUCCGCACCAGUUCUACUCCUGAAGAUGCCCCAGAGAGGCUGAUUCCACUUCGGCAGCUGUUGGGAUCCCUGGCCAGCAGCCCAAGGGUCGUGCAGUGUUCAGAGACUGUCCCUGUCUUACUAGAGCUCUUUUUCAGGGUGGUGGCAGAGUUUGCAGAUGGUCCACUGAUAAACCAGCUGGUGGUGCUGCUGCUGCAGAGGAGUGACCAGCUCUAUGAGAUCCCAGCAUUUAAAGAUGAGGUGUUCAGGGUGCUGAGCUCGCAGCUGGUGGUGCUCUGCAAUAUGCACCCUGCAGUCAUCGUGGAAGCAUCCACGGAGAUCCUGGAGUUCUCGGGAAUGGCCAGCAAUGCCCAGAACAAGGGGGCCAUCUUCACCCAGAUGGUCUGGGCUAUUGGAGAGUACAUGUCUGUGUCCUACGACAAGCGCUGCACUGUGGAGCAGAUCAACGAGUUCUUUGAAACUCUAGAGGUUGUGCUCUUUGAAAUCACCCAGCUCCGACCACUGGCCAGCAUCCCCCACUAUGCACCCAGCACCAUCAGUGCCCUUAUGGCCACCUUGACCAAGUUGGCAGCUCGCAGCCAGGACUUGAUCCCCAGAGUGUCCAUGUUCCUGUCCAAGAUGAGGACGUUUGUGCAGAGCCCGGCUGUCACCUCUGUUUACUGCGAGGCAGACCUUGAGGAGCUCCAAAUGCAGGCAACUGAGCUCAGUAACCUCCUGAAAAUGCCAGACGUGGCUCAGUUUGUGCUCACUCCACCUGCAGGUGUGGGCAGCACAGGGUUUCAGAGAGAGGUGAAUGACUCCCUCCCUUUUGCCCUCAGGAUAGUCACCCAUCUCCUAGAGCCGGCUCCUGGCUGCAUGCCACGGUGAGGGCAUGAGGUUACUGAGAGGCUCCAGCCUCUGUUGCAGCUCACUGGACACUGUUGAUGCUAAGGCUGAGGCCCUGCUCUUCAGUGGAAAUGAGGAACAAAUGAUUGUGAAUGAAAACAGAAAACAGAAAACAGGAAUAAGUAGAGCUGA